AUGGCUCACAGAUUACUGGUACAGGUGGUGUUCACGGGCGCACGGGUGUUCGGACGCGCAUUCACAGAGGCAUACAGACAGGCCGCGGCCGCUACGACGGCUCAGCAGGCCCAGGGAGCGGCGAAGCAGACCACAAGGGCAAGAGACACAGACAUUUCCCUGGACGAAGCGUGCAAGAUCCUGGACGUGCAGCCAAGCGGGCUGAGUCUGGACGCGGCGCAGAAAAAGUACGACUAUCUAUUUGACGUGAACUCCAAGGAGAAAGGCGGCUCGUUCUACGUGCAGUCGAAGGUGUUCCGUGCCAUGGAAAGAAUCAAGAACGAACUCGAGCAUUUGGAGAAAAAUCAGCGAGCGCAAGAAUAAAUGUGUAAAAUCUGUGUAUAUAGAGCAAGGUUUACAAUGUCCAAACACCAUUAGUGGACGAAGCAACUGCCACAGUCGUAGCAUGCCCCGUCGUCUGGCUAACGUAUCUGGUUAUUCUAAGGACCUGAACGGAGUGUCUACCGUGGCUCUGUUGUUAGCAGAGUCGGUUCAGACACUUAGCUGAUCUCAGACCCACACAACUGCCACCAUCGCAGCUGCUAGGGACUGAAUGGCCC